AUGGGUGCCAAGAAGAAAAAUAUGAUCUUGAAAGAUCUUGAUAUUGACCAGAAUGGUGUUGAUGGUAGCUGUGCCGUGCCUGGAAGAGCUCACAAGUGCAAUGUGACAUUCUCGGCCCAGCAGCUUAAGAGCCCAGGCUCCAAGCGGCCUGACGUCCCUGGCCUUCGCCUGGCCUGCGCCACCCAGCUCCUCGGGUACUUCUGCACCUUCCGCUGCGCGAAGGCCGCGCGGCCCGCGCUUCCACACGGGAGGCCUCCCGAGGCCCAGGCCCCAACGCCGGGCCGGCUCCGGGCGCUCCACGCGCGUGGGGCCGCGGCCCCGGGACUGGCCGAGCGCAGCGGGGUCGGGCCCUCGCUCGAGGCGAGGCGCGGCGCCCCCCCGCCGGCCCCCCGGCGCCUCGGAGUUAGCGCUCGUCGGCCCGGGCCGGGGGAGGGACAGCAGCAGGUGACGACGGCCGGGCCGGGGUCUAUAAAUAGGGGCGCGCGUCAGCCGCGGGCGGGAGCGGCGGCCGGCAGGGCAGGGGCCUGGCGAGUGCGCGCGGCCGGCGGCGGGAUGGGGUCGCGCAGGGCCCCCGGGCGCGGCUGGGGCUCGGGCGGGCGGGCCGGGGCGGGGGGCGACGGCGAGGACGACGGGCCGGUGUGGGUCCCCAGCCCGGCCAGCCGCAGCUACCUGCUCAGCGUGAGGCCGGAGACCAGCUUAUCAAGCAACCGGUUGUCUCACCCCAGCUCUGGAAGGAGCACCUUCUGCUCCAUCAUUGCUCAGCUAACAGAGGAGACCCAGCCGCUAUUCGAGACCACGCUCAAGUCCCGGGCUGUGUCCGAGGACAGUGAUGCCAAGUUCACCUGCAUCGUCACAGGAUACCCAGAGCCAGAGGUGACCUGGUACAAGGAUGACAUAGAGCUGGACCGCUACUGUGGUUUGCCAAAGUAUGAGAUCACUCACCAGGGCAACUGUCACACGCUACACCUCUACAGGUGUCAAGAGGAAGAUGCGGCCAUCUACCAGGCCUCUGCCCGGAACACCAAGGGCAUCGUGUCCUGCUCGGGGGUCUUGGAGGUUGGCACUAUGACUGAGUACAAGAUCCACCAGCGCUGGUUCGCCAAACUGAAGCGCAAGGCUGCGGCAAAGAUGCGAGAGAUUGAGCAGAACUGGAAGCCCAGGAAGGAGGUGGUGGGGGAUGCCGACACUCUGCGUAAGCUCAGCCCCGACCGCUUCCAGCGGAAACGGCGACUGAGCAGGGAUGAGGUGUUAGUGGCCUCAGCCCCCGCCAGGGAGGCUGAGGACGGGACCCCAGCAGCUUGGCAGGAGGAAGAGGCUGAGCCUGGUCAGCACCCAGCUUUGGGCCUCAUCAACAGUUUUGCUCCUGGAGAGGUGACCACCAAUGGGGAGGCUGCCCCCGAGAACGGGGAGGAUGGGGAGCACGGCCUGUUGACGUACAUCUGUGAGGCCAUGGAGCUGGGGCCUCAGCGAGCCCUCAAAAAGGAGUCUGGGGCCAAGAAGAAAAAGAAAGACGAGGAACCUAAGCAAGGUCUACGGAGGCCAGAGUUGGAGAAGGCAGCUCGAAGCCAACACUCUUCCGAAAGCCGUGCCCCUAGUUCAGACAAGCCUGGGACACAGGGGCCCACGGACAUGGAGCAGGUCCAGACCCGGCCCAGAGGCAGGGUUGCACGGGGGCCUGGGGCCUCUGGAGCAGAUAGCCCCAGGAAGCCAGCUCCAGCUUCAGGCACUCAAGAGCAGGCCCAGAAUGCUCCAGCUCCAGGCCCCGUCCCAGGCCCAGACCAGCAAGUGUACUUCUCCCUGAAGGACAUGUAUCUGGAAAGCACCCAGGCGGGCAGGCCGAAGGGGGAGGAGGGGUCCCAGACCCCAAGUGGCAGGGCACCUGGAAAGAUGCCCUCGGGGAAGGUACCCAGUGAGGCUGGAGGUGAAAGGGGGCCUGUUGCCCCUGGCCAGCCCACGUCCUCGGCCCCCCAGCCAACUAGGCCUUUCAACAGGAAGAGAUUUGCCCCUCCGAAGCCCAAAGGGGAGCCCACCGCCGACAGCAAGCCCGAUUCUUCCCUGAGCCAAGCUCCAGAACCAGGGGCCCAGAGCUCAGGGAAGGCCCUGCCUCAGGCCUCUGCCCAAGUGCCCACACCCCCUGCCCGGCGGAGACACGGCACCCGGGACAGCCCCCUGCAGGGGCAAGCAGGCCACAGGAUUUCGGGAGAGGUCCCAGAAUCCCAGGCAAACCUGGCUCCUGCCGUGUUGGCCAGCAACAGUGCCGACGCGGUCUCUGCUGGUUGCAGCAACUCCAGAAGCCAGGGCGUCAUUGAGCCCAUGGACACAGACACCCAGGAAGAUCAGAGGACAUCUGCUGACCAGAAACCUGGAGGCAAGAAGAAUACGGAGGCAGAUGGGGAGAUGCAGGUGGACGGGAGGACCCAAGGAGACAGGACACAAACAACCCAGAGGACACAGGCAGAUAGGAAGACUCAGGUGGACAUUGUGCCCCAAGAAAGUGAGAGGCCAGCGUCAGCCCGGAGUUCCCAGGAGGAUGCGGCGGCACAGGGAAGGGCAGGCACACAGGCGGAAGGGACACAGACAGGCAAGAAGAUGCAGGAAGACAGAAGGAUCCAGGAAGACAAAGGGACACGGUCAGAGGGGAGCAUACCCACAGCUGUAGACGGUCAGUCAGAGAAGGGCUCCAUGACCAGCCUCAGCCCACAGCCCAGAGCCCCCAAACGGCCCCCUUCAGGGGGUCCUCAGGCUCCUCAGAUUAUUGAGUGUUUUGAGCAGACCCCUGAAGGGCCCUCUGUCCCAGAAGAACCUGGUUUCGUGCUCAGAUCUGAGGGGGCGGCCGUCACAGCCCCUGGGAGCUACGAGGCAGCUCUGCUGGAUGCCCCAGCAGGCAGCCGCACGCUCCCAGUACAGUGGCCUCCCCAGGAUGGUCCGGAGCAGCGGGGAGGGCCCGAGUGGUCAGGUCCGGUCAAGGACAAGCCAGAGGAUGGCCCGAUCCCACGCCCCAAGGAGGAGCAGCUGAGGGAAGUGCCGUCCAUGGAUCUGGGUGGCUGUCCUCCAGCUGGCUGGAGCCCAGAGGUGCCUACUGUGCCCUCUCCUCCCGGGCCGGGCCUGACCAAGAGCUCACGGGAGGCACUGCCCAGCACUCCGGCCUCUCAGCACGUGAGUGCUGCCGCCUUCCCGCCCUCUGGGGACCAGGCCUUGCUGAGGUCGGCCCCCCCACUGCACCUGGGGCCAGGGACCCCCACCCAGAGUCACCCACCAGCAGCCAUGUCAGCCGACAGCGAGGGGGCCUGUGCCCUAGGGCCAGAUGUGGAGGGGAGGCCCCCAGGCCCCCGGAGCUGUGACCCUGGCCUCAUAGACUCCCUGAAGAACUACCUGCUUCUGCUGCUGAAGCUCUCCAGCACAGAGACGGGGGGCGGGGGGGUGGAGUCCCAGGAGGGAGCCGCCACUGGGGCUCCGGUGUCCUCAGCCACUCUGGUCCCCAACGUGGAAGUGGCCGGUCUGAGUCCCCGGACGUCCAGGCGCAUCCUGGAGCGCGUGGAGAACAACCAUCUAGUGCAGAGUGCGCAGAGCCUGCUGCUGAGCCCCUGCACCUCCCGCCGCCUCACCGGCCUCCUGGAUCGCGAGGUGCAGGCUGGCCGCCAGGCCCUGGCUAUGGCCCGGGGCCCUGGCGCCAGCACACUCACUGUCCCUGCCAUCGUGGUAGGCGAGGAGGACGGCCCUGGGCUCCUGUCAGAAGGAUCCAGUGAGGGCGAGGGCGAGGUUUCCCCUGAGGGGCCUGGGCGCUCGGGGGCCUCCCAGGAGAACAGCGUGCGAGGGUCUCUGGGGGAGGUGGGUGGGCAGACGGCCUCUGGUCAGGGACCACUCUCGGCAGACAGAAGGGCCCAGGAACCCUUCCGGGAGGAGGAGGCCCCAACAGGCCUCCCUGCAGCUACACCUGAGGAGCUAGCUCUGGGGGCCCGGAGGAAGAGAUUUCUCCCCAAGGUCAGAGCAGGAGGAGAUGGGGAGGCAGCCAAGGCUGAAGAAAAGGAGAGCCCCUCAGUUUCCCCUCGGGGGUCCAGGAAAGGCCUUGCACCUGGGUCCCCGGGGACCCCGGGGCGGGAGAAACGCUCCCCGACCCAGGGUAGAAAGGCAGGCAUGCUGGAGGUGCCGCGGGCAGAGGACGAGCCGGCAGCAGGAGACCUGAGCUCUGGCCCCAAGGCCAGCAGCUUGGACGCAGAGCAGGCCCUGGAUGAAGGCAAGCAGGACACUGCGGCCAAAUCCAAGAAAGCCAAAGACCUGCUAAAAGCCCCACAGGUGAUCCGGAAGAUUCGGGUGGAGCAGUUUCCUGACGCCUCGGGCAGCCUGAAGCUCUGGUGCCAGUUUUUCAACAUUCUUAGUGACUCAGUCUUGACGUGGGCCAAAGAUCAGCGCCCAGUGGGCGAGGUGGGCAGGAGCGCGGGGGAUGAGGGGCCGGCAGCCUUGGCCAUCGUGCAGGCGUCCCCUGUCGACUGCGGCGUGUAUCAAUGCACCAUCCACAACGAGCACGGCUCAGCCGCUACCGACUUCUGCCUCAGCCCCGAGGUGUUGUCGGGGUUCAUCUCCAGAGAAGAAGGUGAAGUUGGAGAGGAGAUUGAGAUGACCCCCAUGGUGUUUGCUAAGGGUCUGGCUGACUCUGGCUGCUGGGGGGACAAGCUGUUUGGGCGCCUGGUGAGCGAGGAGCUACGAGGGGCUGGACAUGGGUAUGGCCUCCAGAAGGCCUCCCAGGCCAGGGUCAUCUACGGGCUGGAGCCCAUCUUCGAGUCAGGCUGCACGUGCAUCAUCAAGGUGUCCAGCCUGCUUGUGUUUGGACCCAGCAGCGAGACCUCUCUCCUGGGCAGAAACUACGACGUCACCAUUCAGGGAUGCAAGAUCCAGAACAUGAGUCGGGAGUACUGCAAGAUCUUUGCGGCCGAAGCCCAGGCGGCCCCUGGCUUUGGGGAGGUACCCGAGAUCCUCCCACUGUACCUCAUCUACCGGCCUGCCAACAAUAUCCCCUAUGCGACCCUGGAGGAGGACCUGGGCCAGCCCCUGCAGCCUUACUGUUCGCGGGAGGGGGGCUGCGCGGCCGCUCCGGAGGCAUCCUGCAGCUCCGAGGUCCGGCGGAAAUGCCAGACCUUCCAGCACUGGCUGUAUCUGUGGACAAAUGGCAGCUUCCUUGUCACCGAUUUGGCAGGGGUGGAUUGGAAGAUGACCGAUGUGCAGAUUGCUACCAAACUGCGAGGAUACCAAGGCCUCAAGGAGAGCUGUUUCCCUGCCCUGCUGGACCAGUUUGCCUCUUCCCACCAGUGCAACCCCUUCUGUGAGAUGCUGGGGCUCAAACCCCUCAAGGGCCCUGAGGCUGCCCACCCUCAAGGCAAGGCCAAAGGCUCCAAGAGUCCAUCCACUGGCAGGAAGGGCGGCCAGCUGAGUCCUCAGCCCCAGAAGAAAGGCCUCCCCAGUCCCCAGGGCACCCGGAAGAGUACUCCAAGCUCCAAGGCCACCCCUCCGGCCUCAGAGGCACUCGCUACCCAGUCGCUGGGACAGCCUCCUACCCAAGAGGGCGGCUCCAAGGCCCAGGGCCUGCGGUAG